UGUACCAAUUGCAGCAUUCUUAUCAUCUUAUGGCAGCAAAAGACCCUUUUCUACGCCACUGAUAAACUUCAAGGUUUCUUCUGCAGUUUCUUUUCUCCCACACAAAUAGGACGGAGAAGUCGGGAACAUGCUAAGGGGAACGGCGCCACCGAGAGGAACGCGAGGUCGCCAUCACCAUGGGGGGAGGAGUCAUGCGCACCGCCGCGAAGGUGGGCAUCGCCAGGGGCGCCGCGGCGGUGGCAGCGGCGAAAGGCGGCCGGUUCCGCCACGCCGCGCCGGCCUUCGCCACGGCCCCCGCCGCCACGGGUUCCGAUGCGGCGCCGCUUGUCUCCGCCUCCGGUGGCGAGGUGCCCCCCGCCGCGGCGCAGUGGGCGGCGUCCUGGGAGCUGGACGAUUGGGAAUUCGCAGACUGCGGGGACGUUGCCCCGGCGGCUGUGGUGGCGGAGAGGGAGGCGACGGCAGCGGCCGCGAAGCCCAGGCUGGUCUUCGCGCCGCCGUCGAGGGAGGAGGCCGAGGAGGCUACGACUGAGCUCAGGGACGCCAUAGGCAGGGCUUAUUUCAACGAAUCACCAGUUGAGGUUGUUAAGGAACAAGAUAAAGAGUUUAAUAAACUGGCAACUGAUGCCAUAAUUCCUUCUAUGCCUGGACAUGUGGUUCAAGCUUUUACAUUGCUGAAAUCAAGCACAGAGGCUCAGAGUGUUGUCGCCUCCCUUGCAUCAGAUAGAAAUGUCUGGGAUGCAGUAUUGAAGAAUGAGAAGGUUAUGGAAUUUUAUAAGACUCACCAGACAAUUCAGACAUUCCCUGAGGAAGCAGCCACAGCAGAGUCGCCUGGGAAGUUUGAAGAUGCCACCUCUGAAAAUGCAUCCAACAGCGAACUCCCCACGGGCUCAGGCGCAAGUUUCGCAGAUUUCGUGGACAAUGCGAAGAAGAAAGUGAUGGAUGUGGUCCACAAUAUAACCGACUUUUUCAGGGACUUGUUCAAUGACUCAGCCGAGGCCCAGACCGGAGCAGGCCCUUCAGCUGAGAAGGGCUUUUCUGCAACAGAGAUGGCUGUGGGAGGAUCCUUCAUGGCUCUGACCAUAGCGGUCAUCCUAGUUGUUCUGUUCAAGAGGGCAUGAUAGCUCAAGAGUCAUGGGUACCUUCUGGGACCCAUCGUGCUUUAAAUCUGUCGAAAAUUACUCGUCUGUCGUAUGGUCAAUAAUUCCGAAUGCAAUGUAUAGCUUGUCCGUUUCUUUGGAAACAGUACAAUAAAGGAUUUAUCUAAAGUAUGCUCCUAUACACUGUAGUUUCUCAA